AUGGAAACCACACAGCCAACGGAAUCGGUUAUGGUUGAUAUACUAUCUUCGCAGCCCCAGUUUUCGUACUUUUUAAGACAUCUACAACGACACGGAAUGAUCCCGAAACUCAAUCUAAUGCAAAAUGUAACAUUGUUGGCUCCCGUGAAUCUGGCAUUUGCGUCUACAAAUGAAGAGAAACCAAGAGAGAUAAAUGAGCUAUUACGCUAUGUUGUGAAUCAAAAGGUUGUCGUGGGAAAUCUCACUAAUGAGGAAGUAGUGUAUGAUACCCUAUAUAAGACCGAGGCCAACCGAUACUAUCCAAUCAAGAUAACAGCAGACUCUACGUCAAAAGAGUAUAUUAUUGACGAGACUGCUAGCAUAGUAGAGGAAGACUUGUAUGCUAAACAUCAGUGGUCGUAUGUUCAGGGAAUUGAUCGCUUGCUUCCAUUGAAACCAAGCCUAUGCGAUGUCCUCAUGGGUUCCAAGAGUUCUGAAAUUUCACUUGUGCAUGAUAUAUUUCAACUGUUAUUCAAAAACGAUUCUGGGACAACAAGGGAAACGACCAAGACCAAUGCGAAAAAGCAAGGAAAAAAUCGCGAGAAUAAGGAUAAGGAUAAGGAUAAGGAUAAGGAAAAACCGCUUAUUCCUGCGACAUGUCAAGAGUUUCUACAUGGAGUUAAAACUUUGAUCAUUCCUGAUGACAAGCUCUUGAAAAAUUCAAUGACAAGUCUCCAAUUGGAAUAUUAUUUGGCAAAUACUGCCGCAAACAAAGAAUUCAAAUUUACAGACGAUGCUACUUUUGAGAUUAAGAUGGAUACUUUGAAUCUUCUUAAACAUUUGAUGUUUUCUGAUUAUAUUGAUGGUAUUAAUGGUACUUGCAAUAAAAGCACUUCGUUUGCAGGCCAAAAGUAUCAAUUUCUGAACGAGAAGGGUAAAUUAGUACUCGAAGGAAGUUACACUGCAACUAAAACGCAUGUUCUUUCCAAUGGUAUUGUACAAAUAUUCAGUCAAGGAAAACAGUUUUUCAGUCGAUUAAAUAUCCCUGUUGCCGAGAUGAUUGCAAGAAAAGCAUUGUACGCAGCACAAUACUCGAAUUUUGUCGACGAGCUCAAAUAUAGAUCAUUAGAUUAUCUUGUUGACGGAUCGGCGGUGAAUCAGACUAUCUUAGUUAGUUUGAAUAUGAGGGACGACGUUGAUGAAGAUGAGGCAUUAUCAGCAUCUUUCAGUUUGAAACAGGACUUUUUGUAUCAUUUUGUUGAUCAAUCGAUAGAUUUUUCCAAUGAGCACAACCAUCUUUUAGUUAAUACCAAACUAUAUGUGCAAAAAAAGAUUGGCGGGUGCUACAAAAUGAAGGUUUCAAGGUAUUACGAGGACGGAGGACAGGAGGUGAUUAGAAUAUUAGAUGGCACCGAGAUACUUCGGAGAAUACCGAUAAGUAACAAUAGUCAAAUAUUUAUUGCCAACGAUGAGAUUUCAACUCCAGCAAAUUUAAAACAUUCUUUGGGAGACAUGAUGUCAACAGGAACUAUUCCAGAUUACUUGGAAAGGGUGCAAAUCGAUAGACAGGAUUGUUUGCGAACCUUGAACUACUUGAGCACUUUUGAUUUAUACUCAUUAAAGGAGAAUUAUAAAGGGUAUACUAUUUUUCUACCAUGCGGUGCACAGAAUAGAAACUCGUCUCCUUCUUCACCUCGCGGAGGACUAUGGGAUAGCUUGGGUUUAGUUUUAAAUUAUCUUGAAAGUAAUCCAGAUAUAUUUGAGGAAAUCAUGCGAGGAAUGUUUUUUGAAAAAAUAUUAUACUCAGAUUUCCAAGAUUCCACAAAUUUGAAUGAUAUCAAUGGCCAAACGGUUGCCAUUAAAAGUGUUGAGAUUAUAAAUGAGACAAACUACGUUGAGAUUAACAGCGAGAAUCCAAUACCUAUUCCACUCAACUCGGACAUUUUAUUCAAUGAAGGGGUUAUUCAUGUGAUUGACAAAGUUUUGAUCCCAGAUUCGUUUUAUAUCCCUAUACAGGAGUUGAUCAAAGUGACAUUUGAUAAACUGUUUCCAAACUAUUCUAUUUCCAAGCUACUCGAAUAUUUCCCCAAGAUUGAAAACUCUUUAACAGGUAAGAAGCCCUUUUCAUUAUUUGUCCCGUCUUCCGAGUCACUUGAGAACUUUAACAUCACGUCGUCAUUCACAGAUUUGUUUGAGUUCUUACAGUUUCAUUUAAUCCCCAACGAGGAGGUGUAUAAAAUCUUGGAUUGUUUUGAAGGCAAAAGCAAUGGCGGUGAGUUGAUUAAAACUAAUUUGACCCAUGGAGGAUUAGUGUGUAAGCGUAAGGAAGGAACAAAUAAGAUCUACUUGAAGUUUCACAAAUUGAACGAUACCGAACUGGGGGAAAAAUCGGAAAAUCUAGGUGCCCUGUUUUAUAAUGAGGAUCUAAGUGCCCUGUCUUAUAAUAAGGAUCGUGAGGUACAAAUCCUAUCUCACGGAUGCACUUCCCAAUAUCGAAACAAACAUGAUACACAAAACCUAUCAUGUAUCUUUUUAUUGGAAAAACCCUUAAACUUGGACUGGGUCAAAGAUCGGAAAAACAGAGACAACUUCCUUCAUAUUCACUUGGGAAUGGUGAGUGUUGGUGUGGGUAUAAUUUUGGGCUUAACAAUAUUUGGUGGUGUAAUGCUUGGGUUGGUUUUCUGCAUGGGAAGAAAAGAACAUCGUUAUAAAGGUGAUGACGACGAAAUCCCCAGAAUGGAUUCGGGAUUUAUGAGUGUAUUGACCGAUGACGAUGAGUUUGUACCCUAUGACAGAGGCUAUGAAACAGACAUUGACUUAUUACGCUCAGAGUCUGACGCAUUAUUGCCUGCUCGUGCAAAGAAGAGUGGCGGCAAUAGAAAAAUAUCUGCAACCAGUUAUAACUAUGGGUCUAUCAAGAAUGGUAGAAACAGAGAUAGAGAUGGAGAUGGAGAUGGAGAUGAAAAUGAAAACAGAGAUAAAAACUAUAAGCAGAAUCUACCAGCAACACUCCCUAGAGAUAUAGGGAAUAUCAAAAGGAACUUGAAUCGAGAACGAAAUAUACCGGGACUCUCACAAUUCUGA